GCAUGUCAGGAAGAGAGAGGAGGAAGAGGAGUACAGACGGGAGAAGAGAGGGACGAAGGAGAGGGCUUGAAGGUCGGUAUAUAAGGAGGGAACAACUCCGGGCCGCCUCACUUCACACAGGACGUUCUUCGCAGCAGCCAUGAGGCUCCCGCUGUUACUGUUAGUGGCCUUGAGCUGGAGUGCAUUGGUGGUUGCACAAGAUGCUGGGCCUGAUUAUGAUUAUUAUGAAUAUGGUGUGGAGGAAGCUGCCCCAGUCGCUGAUGAAGCACCCGCUGCUGAUUUGGAGGCUGCACCUCUGAGUGAGGAUGAGCCAGUCGAAGCUGCUCCAGUGACUGAAGCAACAACAGAGAAAACCACAACUACUGAGGCUACCCCAAAGGGACGGCGAAGACUAAUCUCCGUCAAGAGUCCCAAAGAACGCAGGCGUCGCCCAAAUGUUUCUCAACUUAGAGCUGGAGCUGCAACUACUGCUUCUUCCACCACUGAGAGCCCCGAUGAUGAUGCUGAGACAUCUGGCCGAGGAACUGGUCGCCGUGGCCGCCGCCCAUCCAGGCGUGGACAAAGCCAAACUGAGGCCACUACUGAUGAAGCUCCCGUCCGUGGCCGAGGACGUGGCUCGUCACGGACUCGUCCAGGAAGUUCAGCAGCGAGUGCCCCAUCAUCACCACAAACACAAAGUUCAUCCCGCCGUUUUACUGGCCGCCGCACCAGUGGCGGUGCUACAACAGAGGCACCAGCUUCUACAACUGCCUCACACAGGUUCAGCCCCAGGCGUCGCAGACCCCAGCCUGCCCAAGAGGAGGAGACUCCAGCACCAGCUACUCCCUCAAGGCCAAGAAAUCAGAGGCCCAACCGAAGAAAGUUAACAGGACGGCCACUGAGAGGCUUUAAAUUUGGAUCUAGGAGGACUUCAACUACCAGUGCUCCUGCAAAGACUAGUUCUACUACUACUGCUACUACUACUACCACCACCACUACUACCCCUACUACAACUAUGACUCCUCCCCCAAACACUACUACUAGUACUACCACUACAACCCCUGCUCCUCCUUCUCCACUUCCUUCUACAUCAACUACUACUACUGCUAUUACUACUACUACUACUCCUCCUCCACCUCCUUCUACUACUACUACUACUACUACUACUACUACUACUCCUCCUCCUCCUUCUACCACCACUACUACUACUACUACUACUACUACUACUACUACCCCUCAUACAACAACUACUCCCACUACCACUUCUACUGUUCCUACCACUACAUCUCAUCCUCCAAGAACUACUCCAGCUCCAGCCGAGACAACUCCAACAACCCCCAAAACCACUGAGGCACCCAGGACGACACCAGAACCCAUAGAACACACUCCAGCGAGCACGACAGCCACACCCCCCCGGCCCUCCCCAGUGCCCAGAAUUGUUGAGACAGGAACCAAAGCAUCCCGGUCACAGCAACGCAGAACCACGUCCAUCCCCCGCAUCUUCAGGCCACUUGUAGUGCGGCUCACCACAACCACCACACCUGAGCCAACCACCACAACGCCCGCCACAACCACCCAUUCAUCCAAAAGAGGCUCCUCCAGAUACCGACCACCACCAGAGCCAUCUCACCCCAUCAUAGAAAAAGAUGUGGCCUUACAAUUCAAAUUUACUGCACCACUCUCAGACUCAGUCAAGUCUGGCUCCAGGAGCACUUCUCUGCCAGAAACUGACAAUGAGGUGAAUGGAAGAUUUGUGCCUGACACUCCUCGCAUGAAGCCAACUAGAAAACCAGCCACUGAGGCCCCAGUGCUCACCACCACCCAAAGCAGCAAGUUCCCCCAGCCUAACUAUGGGAAGUCUGACAUCCGCUAUGCUGGGGGCGAGGUGGUCAUAACUGAAAUAGGAACUGUGGAGGACACUCCACAAUAUGAAGUUCAGCGCAUCCUGGGAGGCCUUGGCAGCCGCAGGAGAGGUCUAGCAAGACCUCAAAAGCCACCACAAAAACAAACAACAACCAAAAAUCCUCCUAUAGUAAAGACUGCGCCUGAGGAACCCGUAUAUGAUGAAUAUUAUGAUGAUUACUACUACGACUACUAGCAAACGUUGUCUAGACAAGUGUAUAGCAUCAAUGGAUAUUCCAAUUUUGUACCUCAAAGAUACUUUCAUUUAUACUGGAACACUGGUAAGUUGUGGUUAAAAUUAUGUUAUUUUUUGUCAAUUGUGAGAUAUGAUUUGAAAUUAUAUGUCACCUGCAAGUGCUGGAAUCUAUUUGGUGUAUGAAUUAAUAAUGAAAAUCAACACACAUUUAAGUCUUAUUCAAUAGCUGUAAUGAAAGCAUACAUUGUUAAUACAACUGAAAGUAUAAAAUAUAGUUUCACAUUAAUUUCAUUUUAAGAAAUUUGAUGUUCUAACCACAUCUUCCUUUUCUUCUGGUAUAACUUCCAGUGAUAUUUAUAGUAACAGAAAUGUUGUGAAAAUCCUUGCCAAAAGCUGGGCAUUUAAACCAAAGUCCACUGUUUUAUGUGGUCUGUGCUCGAUUAUGGCAAUGCAGAGUUCAUAUUUCUGUGUGUGAUCCUGACAACUCCUGCAAUAGCACUACUCAGGCAUGGGACUCACAGUGUGCUACAGAUAACUAUGUAUAAGUCAUUCCAUUGCCUUCAGAGAGUGGGACAUCAGGGUUUGUCAAGGUGAAGUCUAGGAUGUAUCAGCAUGGAGGCAUAUAUUCAUAAAAUAUUCCCUUGGUGUAAUACUGACACUAUUCAGAUGCUGAUAAAAAUGAGACUAUCAUAUAUUUUAGUAUUUGGUAUGAUGCUUCCCUGCACUGGAUAGCCAUGAAGGAUUCCCAGUGAUGUCUUUCAAGAAAUGUACUCCUUGCUUACACAACCUAACUGUAACUAUGUUCCUUUCAGGAUAAUUUAUGUAUGUAUAUAGGUUAAUGUAAUUUAAAUAUUAACUAUCUGUCAAGUGUUAUGUAAGACUAGCUCUUUUACAUAAACUGUCCUGUCUGUAAUAACGUGUGAUACUCAAUGGCAUUGUCCUAAUUAAAGCUAUAACACUA